UUAUUCAUAGAUCUUCUUGUAUCUUUGGCAGAACCCUGGAAAUGAAGUCCUCCAGCACAGCCCAGCACUAGCCGGGCAGCAUGGCUCCCGCUCCUCCUUCCAGAGAGGACACCAGCAGCUCAUUAGCUCUGCGCUGGAGGCUAACGCCGACAUAGAUACCCAUCAACUUCAAGCUGAACCCAUUCAGGGCGAGUCCUGGUUACACUUCUGAAUAAGCAGUAAAUCCUGAACCAUGCUUGUUCUCUGAUUUUUGGUGUAUGAGCGUCAGAGCCGGACAGAGCGGCUCUUCGGCACGUCAACAGAUCCUGGACCCUAAGCCAUGUCUCUUCUGUCAGCACUAAGCAUCGUCUGUGGAUUGAUGCUUCAGCUUUUUUUCAGUGUGCUCAGCGCUCAGUAUUGUGUUCCACGAAAGACCGUCUCCUACCAGAGUAACCUGAAGUUGUUCAAAGAAAAUGGGUUUUUCAAUUACUCAACCAUGCUGAUCAGAGAGGACCUGGGUGUGUUGCUGCUGGGGGCAAGAGAGGCCAUCUAUGCUCUGGAUAUCAACAACAUCUCUGUUCAAAAGGAUAGAGUGCGUUGGCAAGUUACCGAGGAGAAGCAGAGGGAGUGCAAAUACAAAGGAAAACACGCAGAGGUGGAAUGCCGCAACUACAUUCGAACGCUGCACAGUGUGAACGACACUACAUUCUACGUCUGUGGAACAAACGCCUUUUCUCCAGCCUGUGAUUAUAUGACGUUUGCAAAUGGCCGGCUGACCCUGAGGGAAAGGCCGGAGGAGGGAAAAGGGAAGUGUCCUUUUGAUCCCUUUCAGAGAUACUCCUCCCUCAUGGUUGGAAAUGACCUGUACUCUGCUACAUCCAUCAACUUCUUGGGCUCUGAGCCCGUAAUCCUGCGCAGCUCAAGUUUGGCUCUUCGCACCGAGUUUAAGAGCUCCUGGCUCAGUGAGCCCAACUUUGUCUACAUGGACUUCAUGGGGGAGAGCGUUGACAGUCCGGAUGGAGACGACGAUAAGGUGUACCUGUUCUUCAGUGAGAACGCAAUGGAGUACGACUUCUAUAGAAAAGUGGCGGUGUCCAGGGUGGCCCGUGUCUGCAAGGGAGAUAUGGGCGGCCAGCGCACGCUGCAGAGGAAAUGGACCUCGUUCCUAAAAGCCCGUCUGGAUUGUUCCUUCCCUGAACCCAGCCUGCCCCCCAUUGUCCAGGAUGUCUUCCUGCUGCGGCACAAGGACUGGAGGAAGAGUGUCUUCUACGCCGUUUUCACACCUCAGUCGAGUCUGUCUCAGAUCUCAGCAGUGUGUGCCUACACUGUCUCUGCUAUUCGAGACAUUUUCAAUGUGGGAAAAUUCAAGACAUCUGUUGCCGUGGAGACGUCCCAUGUGAAAUGGGUGAUGUACACCGGAGAGGUGCCGGUCCCCAGACCAGGAGCGUGCAUCAACAAUGUGGCUCGGAAAAUGGGGAUGAAUCGCUCUUUGGACCUCCCAGAUAAAACCCUCCAGUUCAUCAGAGACCGGCCCUUGAUGGACGAGGCUGUUCAUCCGCUGACCGGGGGGCCGCUGCUGCUCAAGAAAGGAUCCUUACUGACUCGGAUCGUGGUGGACAGCGUGCUGGCUCUGGACGGGGAGACCUAUAACGUCAUGUUUAUUGGAACAGAAAAUGGUUACAUCCAGAAGGCUGUAAACUUUGAUGGAGAGAUGUUCAUCAUCGAGCAGAUCCAGGUGUAUGAAAACCCCGUGGCCAUCAGGAGCCUGAGCCUCUCAUCCAGCAAGGGCCAGAUCUAUGUGGGUUCUCAAUCUGGCGCCGUUCAGUUGCCCGUCAGUGACUGCAGCCGCCACCAGUCGUGUGAGGACUGCAUCCUGUCCAGGGAUCCCUACUGUGCCUGGGACUCCUCCGCUGAACGCUGCUGCUCUGUCCGCGGAUUGUCUGCAGACUCACAGUCUGUGGUUCAGAGCCUGAAGGAUGGGGACGUGUCAGAGUGUCCUUCACCAGAUCCGGUAGAAGCUGUCCACUUGGACCUGGUUCCAGGGAACAACAUCCAGCUGCCUUGCCAGCCUCACUCCAACCUGGCGAAGGUCCACUGGAGGUUCUCUGGCCUUCAGCUUCAAACUAACGACAAAUACUACGUCUACAGCGGAGGCCUCCUCAUCCUGAACACGUCUGUAUCAGACGCAGGCUCGUACGUCUGUGACUCAGUGGAGCAGAUAAACAGCAGGAUGUACAACAAAACCAUGGUGGUUUAUCAUUUACAGCUUUUCUCUGAGCCCCCGCUCCCUGUCAGCCCCUCUCCUGGGACAACCGUGACAAAAUACUCUAUUCAAGGCUAUACAGUGGCUGCAACUGAGCCAGGGCUGGAUGGUGGGAAUGAGGUCCCGCCGCAGUCUGAGAAUUACAGCAACACUGGCAAGCUGAGCCGCCUGGAGGUGGCUGUGGCCCUGCUGUCGCUGCUCUGUCUCUCGCUUAUCGGCGUCAUGUUGUGGUUCUGCAAGCGAGGGCAAUGGAAGUGUUUCAGCUUUGUGCACAGCUCCAAAAGAGCCGAGGGGAAGAGGCCUGCGAACGACUACGUGGAAGUCCAGAACAGAAACUCUGAGAUUAAGCUCCUGCAGGCUGAGGCAGGGAGACCGUGCACUGCCAACAAUAAUCACACGGCUGAGGACUUCAAAGGGAACGGAGCGUACCAUUUCCAGCCUUCGGCCAGACUUGAAAAGUUGGCGGGUCUGGGAUUAAUCCAUGAUGAGUCAGAGAUUUGAUUCAGCUGACCACACACCUCAGUCCAAGCUCUGCACUGGUGCAAUAAUAACCCCCCCCCAACAUGUGUACUUCUGAUGAGGGACAUGUUUCACAUUAUGUUGGUACGUCUCAAUAAACUGGAAUAUCAGCAAAAAGUUCAUUAACGUCACUUCAGUUCAAAGUCAUGUACUAUAUAGAUCUAUAUGGCGGAUGAAACCAUAAAAUCCAUUUAUACUACAAUCAUAUUGUAUAAUGGAUUAUAUUUUAUACUGUAUUAUAUAUUGUACUGAGUUAUAUUUUAUUUUUUUGGUUCAGCUUAUCUGUUUAUCCUUUUUUUUCCACACUUUUUCCUUCCACCCAAUUUUCCAUUCAUUCUCUUUAAAAACAGUCUCUACCUUCAGUCAGUGACUGUCUGCCGGAGAACUGUCCAAAGAGCCUCCCUCCCGUUAAUUUUAAAGGAUAUAACCUUAAAUUUCUGUAUUAAAAUAAUCCAUUCGUUGGUUGUUUGUAAUAUUCUAAUUUAAAAAAACUGAAUUUUGGGGUCAUAUCUCUGAAUUGCAGUCAUCAAUAACUAAGAUAAAUGGUUAAAAUAUUUCAGGAACUGAAUUGCUGAAAUAAAUGAGCUUUUUGCCGAUAUGCUAACUUAUUGAGAUCCACCUUUGAAUACUAAAUGGGAUCCAUUUUUCCUGGGGAAUUUCCAAAGUCUUUUCCAGGCAGCUGAUAUUCCAUGGAAAGGACAUUUAAGUUGUCAAACCCAGCUCUAAAAAUGCUUUUUUUUACAUUUUAUAUAUUUCAUAUUUUUGUAGGACAGUAAUUUGUGAAUACGGUGCGUGUAACAUAUGUUUGUGUACAGUCAAUGCUAUUUUGUUUGGAAUAUUUAUUUGAGAGUUUGCAUCUUUAACCUGCUGCAUCUUUUAACUCUGAAUAUGUCGCACAUCGGUGGCCAACCUCCAAGCACAUUUCCUGUCCUGCUGUAAGAUCAUUCUUCCACAGAUCUUCCACAGAUGUUCCUGGUAGAUGUGCAAAAGUGAAUAUGUCUCUCCUUUAUAACCUUAAACACUAAUUUAGUGAAUUUACAAAAGCCAUAUUUCAUUAAUUCUUUUCCACUUUAACAAAAUAUAACUGUUAUGGUCAUGAUGUGUAGCAUGGGCCUUUUUUAUGUUGGGGUAAACAGCUUUAUUUUAAAUAAUUACGGUCAGAGAUGCAGAGAUGCCCAACUGAGCCUCAGCACUUGCUAAGCUGUAACUUCUUAAAUUGAUCUAUUUUGCAGCCCUUAAACUGAACAGCCGGGCUGUAAUGAGCCACUUGUUUGAUUCCGGCAUGUCGGAGAGCGGCAUGCAUCCAAAGGUUGCAGGACAGUCGCUCCUCUAGGCUUGAACUGGGCAUCCCUGCUGCCACAUUGCUCUGAAAAAGAUAAAGCUGUUGCAGGAAUGUAGGGGUGUGGGUGUACAUUAAGGGUCGCAAAAUAACCAUAAGGUUGAACGCAUGUCAAAAUUUGGUGAUCUGGAAAAAAAAGCUGCCUUUGUUCAAAUAAAUAAAAAAGAAUAUCUGUGAAUAUUUGCAUUUUUCUCACAUAAUCUACAACUUUUGGGUUUCUUUCUUACUGA